AGAAUUAGCCCAUUAAGCUAACCGAUCAAAUGGUGGUCUGAGUGAGGCCUGUUAGUGUUAGGUAAACCCACACCUCUCUUCUCCGAUCAGUCUCCCCUCAAACUCCAAAGGCUUCGCACCUUUCUUGUAAUCCUCCGUCAGGUUUUGUUUUAGGUUACAAGAAGCUAUGUUGGCAACUGUUAGGACAAAACUUCUCUCCGGCGCUUCUUCGGUACUGGAGCAGUCAUUACUCAGAACUCAAUGUAAACCUUAUUCUGUCGCACUCAAAGAGACAUCUUUGUUUGGAAGAGGAUCAACUCACUUGCACAAUCUAGGAUUUGCAGUUGGUUUAAAACCUUUAAGAAUGGAUUUCCCGGGUCCUACUUUAAGCAUGUCCUUUUCUUCAGAUUCGUCUUACAAUAGUGUGAAAAAGAAUGUUGCAACAAGACUUCCUUUUGUUGAUGCAUUCCUGUUGAAAAUCAAGAAGAAUAAAGAACUUCUCGCUAACAGGAAAAUCUGGUCACGUAGAUCUGUUAUUUUACCAGAAUUUGUUGGUUCCAAUGUACGGAUUUACAAUGGAAAAACGUUUGUUCGUUGUAAGAUCACUGAAACAAAGGUUGGUCAUAAAUUUGGAGAGUUUGCUUAUACGCGAAAGCGUAGACAUCUCCGACAAAGUGCUGCUGCUGCUGCUGCUAAAAAGAAGGUGAAAAAGAAGGCUUGAUGCAUGCAUGGCGAACAGAAAUCCUUGUUUGGUAGACAUGAUCUGAUUUUGCGACUUUGCUGAGGGUGAAAAUGGAAGUCUCUAGCGUUCUUUUUUGUUAUUGUUGUCUCUUCGGAAUUAACAAUGGAAAACAUGGAAACAAGCCUUUUCCCUUUCAUCAUGAUGAAAAGCGAUUAGCCCUCUUAAACUGAUCUUUUUGUGACUGUAAUUUUAAUAAUGUGCAACUUCUACAAUUGGAUUAACGAGGAUGUAAAUUUUCACUGUUUUCUGUUA